GUGAGGCGGGCUGGCUGCCGGGGCAGGGCUGGAGGGCUGUGCCCGCCCUCGCCGGGACUGAGGAUGGGGAGGCGAGGGACGCGCUUGGGCUCGCGAGGAUGGCCCAGGGCUGCUCUGAGGGCCGGCGGUGGGAGAAGCCCGGCGGGAGCAGCGGGGUCCCAUCGCCAGCGGCCCCGGGGACCUGUGUGCCCUGUCCCCAGUGUUCCCCAUCCCCGGUGUGCCCUGUGCCCGCGGUGCCUCAUCCCCGGUGUGCCCCGUUCCCGGUGUGCCCUGUCCCCAGCGCCCACUGACAGCCUUGGGCCCGAGUGUCCAGCCAGGACGCAGCCCCUGGGAUCUCUGUCCAAAGCCUGGCCUGGGACACACUGGAGCAGGCACUUGGGUCAAAAAGAAGAAAUAACCACUAACAGCUGAAACAUACAUCUCCACUCUGGCUAGGCAGGAGCAAUGGAGACUUCUGAUGGAGAAAGUUUGGGUGUUGCCACCUCCACCACUUCUGAUGAGUUUGAUGCAGUUGUUGGCUAUCUGGAGGAUAUCAUAAUGGAUGAUGAUUUCCAGUUAAUACAGAGGAAUUUUUUGGAGAAGCACUACCAGGAGUUUGAUGACUCAGAAGAAAACAAGCUCAUCUAUACAGACAUUUUUAAUGAAUAUAUCUCUUUAGUAGAGAAAUACAUUGAAGAGAAGUUGCUCGAUCGGAUUCGUGGGUUUGAUAUGGUUGCUUUCACAGUGUCGUUGCAACAGCACAAAGAUGAAAUGCCAGGUGAUAUAUUUGAUCUGCUUCUCACAUUUACAGACUUUCUGGCUUUCAAAGAAAUGUUCUUGGAAUACAGAGCUGAAAAAGAAGGUCGAAGUCUGGAUUUAAGCAGUGCGUUAGUGGUGACUUCAUUAAACCAUUAAACAAAUCA